AUGUUGUUUCGAAAAUACAUUCUUGCAGUGCUUACCUUGAUAACUAGCGUGAUGGCUAGAACUAUCACUACAAAUACUAUAGAUCGUGGGGCUAUCUCUCUUGGACUUGGGGAUACAAUCAUUGAAGAUGGCGUCUAUUGGUCAAUCAUCGAUAACCUAGCUACCGCAUUUGCAGGUAAUGUUGAUGUCGGUUCUGGCUCUGGAUUAUAUAUCAGCGGUCUCAAUCCUUUACUUUCUAUGCUGGUAACUCUUUUGCUGGGUUCUCUUACUAAUGACGGUAUUAUAUCUCUAAAUGCGGUCCAAUCUUUACUCGCUCCAACAUACAGUCUUGUCGGUAUCUCGUUCACCAAUAAUGGUGAAAUGUACUUAGGCGCAGACGGUUCAUUCGGUUCACCUAAUAUCCAGAUUACCGCCCCAAUAUGGAACAAUAACGGUUUGUUGGUUUUCUAUCAAAAAACAAGAUCUUCAGCAAGUAUAGAAUUGGGUACAUCGGGUCUUGACAUAAAAAAUAACGGCCAGAUUUGUUUUUUCAAUGAAUUGUACACUCAGAGAACGAAUAUUGUAGGGACUGGUUGCAUUACUUUAGAUGAAAACUCCAGUAUUUUCUUAUCGAAUACCCUUUUGAAUAUUGACACCAAUCAGGUCUUUUAUUUGGCAGAUUCUGCUUCUUCCAUCCAAGUUCAUGCCAUCAGUUUUUCGAAGACAUACAAUGUAGCUGGCUUUGGAAAUGGGAACAAAAUUGGUUUAGAUGUCACACUUGUUAAUCUUCCUCCUUUACUCAAUGGUUAUACAUACGAUACAAAAACCGGUAUCUUGACUCUUCGUGGUGGCGGCGUUCUACUGCCCAUGAACUUCAAUAUUGGUUUAGGUUACAAUCCAUCUCUAUUCAAAAUUGUCACUGAUGACAACACAGGAAUAAUUCGGAUUCCUGCUGGUGCAGUAACCUACUCUGGUCCUCCACCAAAUUCAGUUCCAUCGGUAUGUCAACCAUGCAAGAAACUUCCACCUGCUCCAGGAACAAGUGCCACUGAGUUCACCACUACUGCAACUUCCACCAAUUCUGAUGGAUUUACAUGUACAGAAGUUGAUGACAUCAUAGUUUCAACAGACAAAAGCAACUCUUGGUUCACCAGUACAUCCACUAUUACUGCUGGGUGCAUUUCUAAUCCCACAAACACCAUCACGUCCACA